CAUUUACCAUUACAUGCGGACCAUGGUCUCCAAUGUUCACCCCAACGGACCCGACAACAGCACUGCGGACAUUCUCCAAGGAAGGGAGCGCAUCGUAUCUUACCCUGGUACGAGUCAGUUCAAUGGUCGCGGUAUAUCGGCAUGUGGCCUUGCAGCCAUGAAUUUUGCGAGAGUACUUUCUGAACUCGCCCACAUCCAUAGCCAGGAGAAGUUGGCAGAUCUGAUUCGAGCCAUCACCAGCAAAGAGAUAAUUGAAGACAUUGUCUCCAUCUGCUCAGGAUGGUCAAGUGACCUGCACCUGGAAGUCGAAGAUAUCCAGCGGGUUCCUCUAUUCGACAAGUCUCUGAAGCUUGUAACAACCCGGUUUGGUCCCCCACAGUUGAAGCAUUUUAAGCGUACCCUGCAAUACAUGCAGACAUUGACCUCCUCCGCAACCGUCAUCAUCACCCGCCCUCCUGAGAUCAUCGCAUGCAUGAAGAUCAAAGGACCGGGCACGGACGUCUUCGUGAUUUUUGAUUCUCACCCGCGGCCCAGCUACCCUUCUGGAGCUGGCCUUAUUCUCAGUACAUCGAUUGAUCAAGCUGCCUCGCGCUUGGCCAGUAUAUUACCUGCUGCCGACAACCAUCUCCUUUCCCUGAGCGGCUUGCAAUGGCAGGCUCAGCUGCUUAAUAACGUCUCAGGCCACAUCUUCGUAUCAAAUGGACCACCCGCAGGCAUGCGAGGCAUGCAGCAGUCCGUAAUUGAGUCGAGUUUAGCUGUUCUGAGGUUGCAAGCCGAAGUGGCUGGGUUGAAGCAGAAAAAUGCCAGGCUAACUUCGGAAAACGAGAUGCUUGAAGGGGACGCUCAACGCUUGGAGGAUGCUUUGAGUGUCGAGAGGAAGAAAGUGACGUCGCUCGAGGCAUCCUCCAAGAUCGUGCAGAGCAGGAGUGCACGGCCCCUCCCAGCAUGGCCUCCGAACGCAAUAGCUGGGCCAUCGCGACUGGCUUCCUCAAAUUACUCGUCCUCUUCUUCCGACAAAACCCUGAAUUGCAACCGCGAUGCACGCGCUUGGCCAUCGCUCUAUGAUGCAAUCAAGAAUGACCCUUUAGAACAUGAGUGGGAGCUCGACGGCCUGAGUACAACUGCGGCCUUCGAAUUACAGCAAUCUUUUGACAUCGAAGAUAUGCAACUUCGAAAUCAGAUGCACGCUCUGGUUGCCACAAUCCCUCACAACUUUUCGUGCGCGAUAUGCAUGGAAGAACAACCUGCGGACAACAGUGUGGAGCUUGAAUGUAAUCAUCCGAUAUGCAGGGUUUGUAUCCGAGGGCACGUUUGUUCGAAGAUCGAGGAACAUCGAUUUCCAGUCCUAUGUCCCGUGUGCAUGACAGAACCAAAUAAUCGUCGACCUGGAGCGAUCUCAGGACUCCUUGUUCAGCAAAUCGGUGUCGAUGAGCGGCAAUAUGCAAUUUGGGAAGAAAUGGAACUAAGCCAGCUUUCAGUUCUCCUUCACUGCCGCAAAUGUCAGCGGUCCGUGCCCGUAGACAAAGGGGAGCAUGAAGAAUCUCGCCUGCUGAUUUGUCCUCUACCCGAUUGCAGCCAUAUUUGGUGCAAAGCGUGCCAGCAAUCUAUUACUAUCGGCGGUCCUCCCCAUUCUUGUGACGGGACCUCGGAACUGGACCAUUUAAUGAAGCAACGCGGGUGGAAAUACUGUCCAAACUGCAAAACACCAGUCCAGAGGGACGGGGGAUGCAGCCAUAUGACUUGCAUCUCGCCGGGCUGCAACACUCACUUUUGCUACAUUUGUGGGGAAAACAUCGUUCGCAGCGCCUUGCGUAGUGAGAUUCAGACCGCGAUGUCUGCUCACUAUCGCGUUUGUAAAUUGUUUGAUUAUCCUGGGGAGUGAGGUGCUCGGCAGUGGCGAAUAAGAGUGUUGUAGCGCUCAUUACGUAGAGUUGCUGUGUAUACAUCGUUAUGACGGAUCUUUCAGAAAUGCAGGGACGGUUUCGGAUUCGAAUA